GCCUCAUUCCCUUCCAGCCUUGAGGCAGCAGCUCCUUCUUCUUCUUCACCACCACCUGCAGUUUCCGGCCGGCGGAAGCUUCCCCCUUCGCCUCCGACGCCCUCACGCUUCCGAGCCUCUACAGCUACAGGAUGGUGAGCGUUGAGGAGAUCCGAAGGGCACAGAGGGCCGAGGGUCCAGCCACCGUGCUCGCCAUCGGAACCGCCACGCCGCCGAAUGCAGUCGACCAGAGCACGUACCCUGACUACUACUUCAGGAUCACCAACAGCGAGCACAAGACCGAACUGAAGGAGAAGUUCACGAGAAUGUGUGAGAAAUCAAUGAUAAAGAAGAGGUACAUGUACUUGACGGAAGAGAUACUGAAGGAAAACCCCAACGUCUGCGCCUACAUGGCCCCGUCACUGGACGCACGCCAGGACAUGGUGGUGGUGGAGGUGCCCCGGCUGGGGAAGGAGGCUGCGGCCAAGGCCAUCAAGGAAUGGGGGCAGCCCAAGUCCAAGAUCACCCACCUCAUCUUCUGCACCACCAGCGGGGUGGACAUGCCCGGUGCCGACUACCAAGUGACCAAGCUCCUGGGCCUGCGCCCCUCGGUCAAGCGGGUGAUGAUGUACCAGCAGGGCUGCUUCGCCGGCGGCACGGUCCUCCGCGUGGCCAAGGACCUGGCGGAGAACAACAGGGGUGCUAGGGUGCUGGUCAUAUGCUCCGAGAUCACCGCCGUCACGUUCCGCGGCCCAAGCGACGCCCACCUCGACAGUCUUGUCGGUCAGGCGCUCUUCGGCGACGGAGCGGCUGCGAUCAUCGUCGGCGCGGAUCCAGUCCCUAACGUGGAGAGGCCCAUUUUCGAGCUGGUCUGGACCGGGCAGACCAUCCUGCCAGACAGCCACGGGGCCAUAGACGGCCACCUGCGGGAAGUGGGCUUGACCUUCCACCUUCUCAAGGACGUGCCUGGGCUCAUAUCGAAGAACAUCGAGAAGAGCCUGGUCGAGGCGUUCGACCCGCUCGGCAUCUCGGACUGGAACUCCUUGUUCUGGAUCGCGCACCCCGGCGGUCCGGCCAUCCUGGACCAGGUCGAGGAGAAGCUGAAGCUCAAGACCGAGAAGAUGCGAGCUACCAGACACGUGCUGAGCGAGUACGGGAACAUGUCCAGCGCCUGUGUGCUGUUCAUAAUGGACGAGAUGAGGAGGAAGUCGAAAGAGGAGGGCGCGGCCACGACCGGGGAAGGGCUCGAGUGGGGUGUUCUCUUUGGGUUCGGACCAGGGCUCACGGUCGAGACCGUCGUGCUGCACAGUUUGCCAAUAAGUGCCCACACCCUCAGCCUCACUCUCACUGCAACCUUGAGGGAGAAGUUCCUUCUUCGUCAACUCCACCACCAACUGCAGUUUCUGGCGACAGCUUCCCCUUCCCCUGUCCUCGCACUUCCGAGCAACAGAAUGGUGAGCGUUGAGGAGAUCCGGAGGGCACAGAGGGCCGAGGGUCCUGCCACCGUGCUCGCCAUCGGAACCGCCACUCCGACCAAUGCAGUCGACCAGAGCACGUACCCUGACUACUACUUCAGGAUCACCAACAGCGCGCACAAGACCGAACUGAAGGAGAAGUUCAAGAGAAUCUGUGAGAAAUCAAUGAUAAAGAAGAGGUACAUGCACUUGACGGAAGAGAUAAUGAAGGAAAACCCAAACAUCUGCACCUACAUGGCCCCAUCACUGGACGCACGGCAAGACAUGGUGGUGGUGGAGGUGCCCCGGCUGGGGAAGGAGGCUGCGGCCAAGGCCAUCAAGGAAUGGGGGCAGCCCAAGUCCAAGAUCACCCACCUCAUCUUCUGCACCACCAGCGGGGUGGACAUGCCCGGUGCCGACUACCAAGUGACCAAGCUCCUGGGCCUGCGCCCCUCUGUCAAGCGGGUCAUGAUGUACCAGCUGGGCUGCUUCGCCGGCGGCACGGUCCUCCGCAUGGCCAAGGACCUGGCGGAGAACAACAGGGGUGCUAGGGUGCUGGUCAUAUGCUCCGAGAUCGCCGCUGUCAUGUUCCACGGGCCGAGUGACGCCCACCACGACAACCUCAUCGGUCAGGCGCUCUUUGGCGACGGAGCGGCUGCAAUCAUCGUUGGAGCAGACCCAGUCCUUGACAUGGAGAGGCCCAUUUUCGAGCUGGUCUGGACGGGGCAGACCAUCCUGCCGGACAGCCAUGGGGCUAUAGAAGGGCACCUACGCGAAGUGGGCUCGACCUUCCACCUCCUCAAGGCCGUGCCCGGGCUCAUAUCGAAGAACAUCGAGAAGAGCCUGGUCGAGGCGUUCGACCCGCUCGGCAUCUCGGACUGGAACUCCUUGUUCUGGAUCGCCCACCCCGGCGGUUCUGCCAUCCUUGACCAGGUCGUGGAGAAGCUGAAGCUCAAGACCGAGAAGAUGCGUGCUGCCAGGCACGUGUUGAGUGAGUACGGGAACAUGUCCAGCGCCUGCGUGCUGUUCGUAAUGGACGAGAUGAGGAGGAAGUCGAAGGAGGAAGGGGCGGCCACCACCGGGGAAGGGCUCGAGUGGGGUGUUCUCUUUGGGUUCGGACCAGGGCUCACGGUCGAGACCGUCGUGCUGCACAGCGGCAGCAGCUCCUUCUUCUUCUUCACCACCACCUGCAGUUUCCGGAGGCAGCCUCCCCCUUCGCUUCCGAGCCUCUACAGCUACAGGAUGGUGAGCGUUGAGGAGAUCCGAAGGGCACAGAGGGCCGAGGGUCCAGCCACCGUGCUCGCCAUCGGAACCGCCACGCCGCCGAAUGCAGUCGACCAGAGCACGUACCCUGACUACUACUUCAGGAUCACCAACAGCGAGCACAAGACCGAACUGAAGGAGAAGUUCACGAGAAUGUGUGAGAAAUCAAUGAUAAAGAAGAGGUACAUGUACUUGACGGAAGAGAUACUGAAGGAAAACCCCAACGUCUGCGCCUACAUGGCCCCGUCACUGGACGCACGCCAGGACAUGGUGGUGGUGGAGGUGCCCCGGCUGGGGAAGGAGGCUGCGGCCAAGGCCAUCAAGGAAUGGGGGCAGCCCAAGUCCAAGAUCACCCACCUCAUCUUCUGCACCACCAGCGGGGUGGACAUGCCCGGUGCCGACUACCAAGUGACCAAGCUCCUGGGCCUGCGCCCCUCGGUCAAGCGGGUGAUGAUGUACCAGCAGGGCUGCUUCGCCGGCGGCACGGUCCUCCGCGUGGCCAAGGACCUGGCGGAGAACAACAGGGGUGCUAGGGUGCUGGUCAUAUGCUCCGAGAUCACCGCCGUCACGUUCCGCGGCCCAAGCGACGCCCACCUCGACAGUCUUGUCGGUCAGGCGCUCUUCGGCGACGGAGCGGCUGCGAUCAUCGUCGGCGCGGAUCCAGUCCCUAACGUGGAGAGGCCCAUUUUCGAGCUGGUCUGGACCGGGCAGACCAUCCUGCCAGACAGCCACGGGGCCAUAGACGGCCACCUGCGGGAAGUGGGCUUGACCUUCCACCUUCUCAAGGACGUGCCUGGGCUCAUAUCGAAGAACAUCGAGAAGAGCCUGGUCGAGGCGUUCGACCCGCUCGGCAUCUCGGACUGGAACUCCUUGUUCUGGAUCGCGCACCCCGGCGGUCCGGCCAUCCUGGACCAGGUCGAGGAGAAGCUGAAGCUCAAGACCGAGAAGAUGCGAGCUACCAGACACGUGCUGAGCGAGUACGGGAACAUGUCCAGCGCCUGUGUGCUGUUCAUAAUGGACGAGAUGAGGAGGAAGUCGAAAGAGGAGGGCGCGGCCACGACCGGGGAAGGGCUCGAGUGGGGUGUUCUCUUUGGGUUCGGACCAGGGCUCACGGUCGAGACGGUCGUCCUGCACAGCGUGCCAAUCAGCGCCUAAAUGUGAAACGGAGGGGACCGGACCUGGUCUAUAUUUUUCUCUUUCGUGUGUCCGUGUUCUUCAUUUUUCUUCUCCUUUUGGUAAUAUAAUAUCUUGUUUGCCUUUGCAAGUUGAGAGUGCAAGAACGAGUCACAUGGCUUGUGAUAAAGAAGUAUAGUUAUACGAAGUUGGGGAGUAUUUCUUUGAUGGUGAAAGUUCCCCAGAUUGUGUGGUUGAGAGAAAGUUUGGCGGAAGCUGGAAAUGGGCAGGCAGUUAUGUAUUCAGGCACAGGAUAAUUUAAUAAAUUGUUUGUUAUUCUA